AUGGCCCAAGUAGCCGAGGGAACAGCAGCUGAGCGCGCGAGCCAUGAGAGACAGUAUCAAGUCAACACCGAAGACGGACGACUUGUCGGUCUCAAGGGCGGAGAGGUAAUUAAUUAUUGCAGUGCGCCUCAGGAAGCUCUGAAAGCCAUUGAUGCUUGGAUUAUGCGAGAUGGUCCCUUGCUCACUUAA